AUGGAGAAUGGCAUUCCCCAGGGAUCGCCUCUGAGUGUUACUUUGUUUGCGGUGGCUAUUAACGACAUCGCGGCGAAUAUUGACCGAAAUGUGAAAUGUUGCCUUUAUGUGGACGACCUAGCGAUAUUCUGCUCGGGUGCCACGGUCGGCCGAAUAACAACAACGCUCCAACCAACUGUAAAUCAAAUAAUUGAAAAUGCUGAGAAAGACGGAUUUAGAUUCUCAAGAGAUAAAACGAAGUGCGUGCAUUUUUGCCGACUUAGACGACCGCAUUACGACCCAGUUAUCUUCUUUAAAAAUGUUCCUCUAUCAAUAACUAGAACGGUGAAGUUUUUGGGGCUGGUGAUCGAUGACCAAUUAAGAUGGAACCAACACAUCAACGAGUUAGUCGAUCGGUGCAAGGCGGCAAUCAAUGUGCUUAAGGUGCUCUCGAGUACUAGAUGGGGUGCCGAUACUGAUACUCUACUAAAUAUCCAUCAAUCCUUGAUACUCUCAAAGAUGGAUUAUGGACUGGACCCUGUACACCACCGGGGGAUAAGGUACUCGCUGGGUGCGGUCCAUACCAGCCCCCUGAAUAAAUUGUAUACAGAAUCUGGAUUAUCGGCACUGUCACGCAGACGAGAUAAGUUAAUUAGUGGAUACGCGGCAGGAAUCCGAGCCCAACCGAAUCAUCCUAAUUAUGAUCUUUUGUUUGGGGAAAAGCGAGGUUUCAUUGACAGGCCCUCCAUUACUAGGCCGACGGGAGUGAGAGCGUUGGAACUGCUUGACAAGUUGAAUAUUGACGUCCCUCAUGUGUCCCCGAUUGGACAUGGAGAGGUUCCAUAUUGGACGAUGCCAGAAAUUGAAGUUAAUCUCCAGCUUGCUGAGUACCGGAAGGAGAUUACGUCGCCGACAAUAUUUAGGAAUUCUUUCAAUGCUUUGCUGGACCAAUAUCGCGAAUUAACUGCGAUCUAUACAGAUGGAUCACUUACUCAUUCAGGAGCAGGUAGUGCCAUAUGCGUCGGUGAUUCGUCGUAUGGGUGGACACUUUCUCCCAUGUAUUCAAGUUAUGGAGCAGAGUUGUAUGCGCUGUGGCAAGCUCUCCUCUACUCCUCUUUUCAGAAAGGACGCGGAUUUCUAAUAGCAUGUGAUAACGUCAGUGUCCUUGUCAGUUUAAGAAACCUUUUCUCCCGUGAUCCUCUUAUACAGAGAAUUCAGGCCCUAUAUAAGGAUCUUAGUGAGAUGGAUAAGAGAAUCGUAUUUGCGUGGGUACCCGGCCAUGUAGGUAUAGAGGGUAACGAAUCGGCCGAUGCAGCAGCUAAACAAGCUGCAGGAGGAGAUCGUAUAGAUGUCAGCGAGUUAAGACAUGUAGGUCUAAAAAUGGCUCUAAGAGCGGCAGUAGGUGUCCUGAAAAGAUGGAAACCGCCCCUAGAGUUAACUCGAAGGGAACGAGUAAAAAUACAUCGUGUGCGGAUAGGCCACACUGAUCUCACUCACACAUUCCUAUUACGUGGUGAGCCUCCUCCCCUAUGUCUUUACUGUGGGGAACAGAUCACUGUCGAACACAUUUUACAUGUGUGUCCCCAGUUGGCGAUCAGUAGGGGACGUUUUGAGCUACUUGCGAACCCACUAGAAAUGACCCGAACAGCUGGAAAUAUCAGAAAAUUAAUAGCUUUUUUAAAGGAAAUUGAUGUAUUCGGAAAACUAUAA